UGUGCUAGAACCAUAUUGCAGAACCUUGAAUUGGCCUUGAAAAAUUAUUUUGUCAUCCUCGUGGAACCCAAGCUCAGUCCAACUACAGAGGCCGUGGAGCCAUUGCGCCUUAUUCUCAUCAAGUUUGCAUACGAACGAAGAGACGUGUGGCCUUCCCGAGAAUACGCGUACCACAACCUGAAAUCAAGAAGGCGAUGCAAACGCUGUGACCCGCGCGUCUUGAAUUUGUAUGUCAAACUUGGACUCUGGACUCACCCAGGCGCACGUCACCCUACGAUGGUGUCAGCUUAUCAUCCUCAUGUGAGGAAGAGGUGUUAUGCGACCAAUAUCCUUUGUAAAAUUGUCGACCCCACCAAGCUCCACUUUCAGACGAUGUACAGAGAGCUAGAUAGUGCAACCAAACCGGUGAAAGACUUGGGCAUCAUUUGCUCACGCAUUCCCGUCAGCAUUGUGUUUGGAAACGACAAUGAGUCGGCUUCAAGCAAGCUUUUUUCCUCUGCCACGCGAAUCGAUGGAGCAGGACACCAUGCAGCAUAG